AACUUGUAAUCUCUGAUACAUGCGCGAUUUCCUACCAGAUGGAAGCACGGUGAACUUCCUCGCGCUGUCGUUGAUUGAGUCCAAGACAUCCAUUCGUGAACUUCCUCAAGAGGUACAUUAAAACACGAUGGCAAAGCUCGUUGGGAGAACCACCGAAUUGGUGAGAGCUGGUAUCACUCAUGCAGUACCUGUACUCAGAGUAUGGCAGCAGUACGCCAUGGUAGAACUAACACCACCCUCACCGAGGGAUUUCUCUGCGAUUCGCAGCGGUUUCGGGAAAUUGAUCGAAGGAGCGAAGACUGGCCGCUACCGUGAGGUCACCGUACGUGAAGCUGUCAUAAACACCUUAGUAGCUGCCGAAAUAUAUUGCUGGUUCUACAUUGGAGAGUGUAUUGGAAAGCGACAUCUUGUCGGGUACAACGUAUAAGUUUGUACACUCCACCUCCCGGUUAGACAUAAUUCUGUAUAAAUUAUAGAUCUUCUCGUAAAUAUAUGUAAAUGUAAAUCAGA